CGCGGAACCCGUUCUCUUCUCCAUUUCCUUUUAAUCUGAGUCGUCCUCCGUGGUUUCCAGACCCCCUCCCACACGAGUUGCAUAUAUUGUAGCCGGUGGCGUAGCAUUUUGUGAGGGGCGAAGCUGUGCAGCCUUGUUCGGGGACACGACGGUGUCUGUCUGCAUUAUAUUCGCUUUCCCUCGAUUUGGCGUAUUACAAUCACACGGGGCGAACCGAUCGUUAGACGUAUUACAACGACUCUUUUCAGUCAUCUCCCUCCCGAAUUCGGCGUUGGUCUUUCUUUUUCCCUGGGUGUUUGUAAUUCCUGGGCAUCAUCAUGGCUAUGAGACAGACUCCCCUGACUUGCUCUGGACACACCAGACCGGUGGUGGAUUUGGCGUUCAGUGGAAUAACACCGUUUGGAUAUUUCCUGAUAAGCGCCUGUAAAGAUGGCAAACCCAUGUUGCGCCAGGGAGACACAGGGGACUGGAUUGGGACGUUCUUGGGUCACAAGGGCGCUGUCUGGGGCGCCACUUUAAAUAAGGAAGCCACGAAGGCAGCAACUGCAGCUGCAGAUUUCACAGCUAAGGUGUGGGAUGCAGUCACAGGGGAUGAGGUUCUCACACUGGCACACAAACACAUUGUGAAGUCUGUCACCUUCACUCAGGACAGCAAUUACCUGCUGACUGGGGGAAAUGAUAAACUGUUGCGCAUCUAUGACCUCAGCAAGCCUGAAGCAGAUCCCCAGGAGAUUACAGGCCACACCUCUGCCAUUAAGAAAGCUCUGUGGUGUAACAACGACAGACAGAUUCUCUCAGCUGCAGAUGACAAAACUGUGCGGCUUUGGGAUAGGUCCAGUAUGGAGGUAGUGAAGAGCCUCCCCUUCGAUGCGUCUGUGAGUAGCAUGGAGUACAUACCAGAUGGAGAGGUCCUGGUCAUCACCUACGGGAAGACCAUAGGCUUUUACAACGCACUUAGCCUUGAUCUGAUCAAGACUGUGGAUGCUCCAGCCUCCAUCCACUCCGCCUCCCUCCACCCAGAGAAAGAGUUCUUUGUGGCCGGCGGAGAUGAUUUCAAGCUCUACAAAUAUGAUUACAGCACAAAAGAGGAGCUGGAGUCGUACAAGGGCCACUUUGGGCCAGUCCACUGCGUGCGGUUCAGCCCAGACGGGGAGCUGUAUGCCAGCGGCUCGGAGGACGGCACGCUCAGGCUAUGGCAGACUGCAGUGGGGAAAACAUACGGCCUGUGGAAGUGUGUCCUCCCUGAGGAACUGGUGUCGGAGAACUCGGACACCCUGUACUGCACUGCUCCUGAAGUCAAGUCAUGAGUCCCAGAUGUGUGUGCCAAAGACGAGAAGGAGAGCGGAUUGGCUAGGUUCUUUCAGACCACGCCCCCCAGCAGGGUGCAAAGCCUCUUCAAUAAGGACUGAAGAGGAACUCACCUGGGAAUCUAAUCAGACAAACACACCCUACACAUUUACACACAAAACACACACAGGCAACACAAACGCACUACAGGGACGUCCACAGGGGGGAGCAGUAGAGCGGUGGGUGUUAGGGCCACAGCUGCCUGCUCUCUUUCUGGUGAGGUCGCACUCGGUCUUCUCCCAGCGCUGGAGUGACAGGGCCAAGAUUUGAUUCCUUUCAUCUAGAAACAGCGCAAACUGUUUUGGCUGCACUUACAGAAUACCUGAUUUAGUUUUAUUAUGGGGAAAAAAAAAAAAAAGAUGCUUGGGAAAAAUAUAUACUGUAAAGAACAAAAAAAAAAAGCAAGAUUAUUUUGGUUCUUGGCUUUGUUUUUGUUUUUUUAGGUCUUAUGUUGCAAUGUUACAGUUGUAUUUGGUUAUGAAAAUAAAGAGGUACUGUUUACAUGCA